UGUUCGAGUUGCUGGGUAGAUCAAUCCAAAACAACGUCGUUCAAGUCAGACUCGAGCUUUAAACCAGCAGACGACCACUGACUCAUUUGGGAUCCGCUAAAUCUUCCUUUGCGUUGCAACAUAUAUUCCCUAUUGUUGGAAAUGGCAGCUGACUGCGAGGCCUGGUUGAAUUCCAACCCCGUCGAGGCUGGCAAUCUGAGUGACUCGUUUGUGUCUGAAGACGAAAGCAAUGGUGGAAUGCUUACAAACAACAAGAACACCACCAACGAGAUCAAUGGCAACUGGCUGUCCUCGUCUAGCAACAGCAUCCACGAGGCACGUCUCAAAGCAAAGGCCAAGCGGAGACUCAGGAAGAAUUCCUCUCGAGAUUCUGGUAGGGGAGACUCCCUCAGCGAUAAUGGGGAUCUGGUUAGGGGAACAGCGGUGGCCCCCACCAGCCCGAAAAGCAAGCUGAUGGACAGGAAGUCGAGACUGGGAAAGGGCAGAGGUCUGCCAAAGAAAGGUGGCGCUGGAGGCAAAGGAGUGUGGGGCCGAUCCGGUGAGGUUUAUGAACCAGAGCAAGUAGAUCAGAAAGACCCAAACUAUGAUGAAGCUCAGGAAAACUGUGUAUAUGAGACUGUGGUUCCUCCGCUGGAUGAGAGGGACUUUGAGAAGACAGUCACGCCCAUUGUGCAAGAGUACUUUGAACAUGGAGACACAAAUGAAGUAGCGGAGCUUCUGUCGGAGCUGAACCUGGGACCCAUGAGGAGCGAGGUGCCAUCGCUAGCUGUAUCGUUAGCCUUGGAGGCUAAGGCCAGCCAGCGGGAGCUGACGUCCAGACUGCUGGCUGAUCUCUGCGGGCCUGUCUUGUUCCGCAGUGACAUGGAAAAGUCCUUUGACAAACUCCUCAGAGAGCUCCCUGAGCUGGUGUUGGACACACCUGAAGCCCCUCAGCUGAUGGGCCUGUUUAUUGCACGUGCUGUGAGUGACCAAAUAUUGUCAAAGACCUACAUUGAAAGCUACAAAGGCAGAGUUGGCUGUGAAUACACAAGGGCAGCACUUGACCGGGCAACAGUACUGUUGAAAAUGAGUAAAGGGGGUCUUCGUGUAGACAACCAAUGGUCUUCAGGUGGAGGACGGAGACCUGUCACACAGCUCAUUAAAGAGAUGAACCUGCUACUGAAGGAAUACAUCCUGUCUGGAGACAGCAAGGAGGCUGAAAGAUGCUUGAGAGAUUUAGAGGUUCCUCAUUUCCACCAUGAGUUUGUCUAUGAGGCAAUAGUCAUGGUAUUGGAGUCUAAGGGAGAGAAAACAUUCAACAUGCUUCUGCAGCUUCUGAGGUCACUCUCUGUAUCAUCCAUCAUCACUGUGGACCAAAUGAAAAGGGGCUAUGAAAGAGUUUAUAUGGACGUAGCUGAAAUUAAUAUAGAUGUCCCUCGUGCGUACUUCAUCCUUGAGCAGUUUGUGGAAAAGAGCUUCAAUAUGGGUGUCAUAGGUGUCAAGUUACGAGAUCUUUGUCCCUGUAGGGGCCGCAAGAGAUUUGUCAGUGAGGGAGACGGGGGUGUCGUCAAGCUUGAAAGCUAAGGAGCUGAGGAGGAACUCGGUUUCCUAGAUAAAGCAACAGUACUUUUUUUUUUUUAAAAAAAACAUAUUUUCCAAAAUAUUUGGGUGCAUUUCUUAUAACAGUCAAGAGUUCUCAAAUUCAGGCAGGGCGACAAAACUGCACUUUUGCAACAGAUACUUGUUAGUUUCCUCCAGUGUUUCAAUAUAAUUACAUAAGCUAACCCUGAAAGUGCCACACCUCCGUGUCAGUCAUUCCAUGUUAUGUACAGUAUUCUGAUUUCACUGCCACACCUUUUGUGUGUUCCAGAAGGCAACUGUUUGUAUAGACAAGACUGGUUUGUGUCAAGACAAGAGCUUAUAAAAGGCUGUACAGAAA